AGGAAAGUAUCUUAUUAUCUUGGCACUCAGUAAGAUAGAUAAAGCUCUAUCUAUAUGUAAUAUAUCUAUGCUAUGAUCUACUGGAUCCGUCAUCCGUCAUCCAUCGUCCGUACAUUACUAUUACUCCGCGAGUUGGUGUGGUCGAAAGGAAAAACCAUACAUACAUUUUCAGUCUUGAAAUUGCUUGGAUAAAUAAUGGCAAAUGCAGAAUCGCUUGCAGAAGUAACUGACGUUGUACAAAUUCUUCGACAAUGGGAAGAAGAGCAUAAUUCACCAAUGUAUGACCCUAUUCCUGUUCUUCAGAGAUUAGCAGAUAUAAUAGAACUUGAGACAGAGAAUUAUAUGAAGAUGGAUCCAGAUCCGUUUGAUGAAAGGCAUCCCUCGCGCACUGAUCCAGAAUGUAAUUUUGGACAUAUAUUAAAAGUUUUAUUCAGAAAGGAUAACUUUAUGACAAAGUUAAUAAAUGACUAUUUGAGGGACACAUACUGGUCUCGUGCAGGGAUAACUGGAAGAGAUGUUAGAAAGCUGAAUAUCGCCGCUUGCCGUUUGAUGCUAGACAUACUUCCAGGAUUAGAAACAUCAGCUGUAUUUCAACCAGAUAUGGAGGGCCUUAUACACAGAUUAUUCUCUUGGUCGGAGAAAAGUGUCGAACCGUUACAGAGCUACUCAACUGGUCUUUUGGCAGCUGCCAUGGAAGUGCAAGACAUUGCUACAGGAUUUAGAGAUCAGAACGCUAAGAUGGUACCAUUGAUGCUGCAACGGUUGCACAAGUUACAGCAGAAAGCGCAUGAAGAUCGCCAGCAGAAAGCGCACGAAGAUCAUCAGAAGAAUGCCAGACCGUUUGCUCAUUUCGGACAAGAUAGGAACAGCAUUGUCGAUCUCGAGGAUAAAGCCAUCCCUGGGAAACACAAAGCGCGAGAAAAGUGGCGGAAGAACGGAAUCGUAAAGAAGCAAGAGCUUUCUUCCGACGAGGAUGACUCCACGCACGAUGAUAUGCCAGUCAUAAAAAAGAAAAGAAGCAAUUCGGGUUGCGAAACGCCUGUGAAAAAUAGUGAUUUAUAUCCCGAGAUCAUGUCCCCGCCUCUGUCUGUUCCGAAAACUACGAACAAUUCUGUUAACUCGGGGGUGACACCAUCCAAACAGAGUGGUUUGCAAUUCACAAGGAUCGCAAACGUACCGGCGUCUGUCAGAUGCAAUUUGCAAAAAUUAUGUAAUUCGUUUCAGAAUUCCAGCACAUUGCUGGAAGGGAACUCGAAUUCAUCCUGGGCCGAAAUGGAAUCGUACGUCAUCGGUAAUGUUCAGAUGUAUCCUCCUACUCUAGCGACUCGACAGAUGUUGAUCCUACGCUACUUGACACCUAUGGGAGAAUAUCAGGAAUUCCUAGGUCAUGUAUUCGAACAUAGCGCUCUGGACUUGAUAUUGAAAUAUAUUAAUGUACGAGAGACCAAAGAUAGCAGACUUGCUUUCGAAGCUCUUAAAUAUCUCGCGUCCCUGCUGUGUCAUAAGAAGUUUUCGAUUGAGUUUCUCAACGUCGGCGGCUUACAACGGCUGUUAGACGUGCCGAGACCGAGUGUUGCAGCAACAGGUGUGUCUAUAUGUCUGUAUUAUCUUGCGUACUGCGAAGACGCUAUGGAACGAGUGUGUUUAUUGCCAAAACACAUAAUAUCCGAUCUUGUAACUUAUGCAUUGUGGUUACUGGAACGCAGUCACGAUUCCGGACGAUGUCAUGCGACUAUGUUCUUUGGUUUUUCUUUUCCAUUCAAAGUCAUAUUGGAAGAGUUUGAUGCACAGGAUGGCUUGAGAAAAUUAUUUAAUGUGAUAUCUACAUUACCAAUCUUAAAUGUUGAAGAAGAAUCAACUAUAAAUGACGAUGAGGAAUGUGCAUCGAGGCAGAUUGUGCGACAUGUGGCUGUUGCUUUGAAAAGGUACAUGGAAGCGCAUUUGCACAUGAAAGCAGAACAAUUACAACGGGCAGAAAACGUUAGGGCUGAACGCGAUACAUGGCAGCCUUCGUUACCGCCUUAUAAGGCUUGCAAACUUAGCAGCGAAGAAGUUCAAGCAAAGGUAGAGCUUCUUCAAGAAUUAAUGUCAGUCAGAGCAGUAUGGCCGCCAGUGGAAGAACUUCAUCGUUUGGGUGGUAUUACAUUGCUUUUGCAAAUUAUAGCUUUUGCUCGUGAAUGGAAUUACAGCGGACGGGUACAUGCCACAUCUAGUGCAGAGACAGUUCGAUCGUGUUUGGACGUAAUCGCAAUUUGUUCUGUUGUGCCGAAAGUUAUGUUGCUGCUAUGCGAAAGAGUCGAUAUGCCGGACAUGUCAAUGACAAUGGCAAUUAAUCUCUUGCUAGCUGCAGCUGAAUGUGAAAUUAUUGCAGAUGCUGAUGUACAGAGAGCAGCGCUUAGAGCUGUAAUUAAUUGUGUAUGUGCUCCCAUAAACAGAGUCGGAGGAAAUGUAGCCAGAUAUUCCAUAACUGGGUCUGCUAAGAAAAAAGCAAACAUGCACAACAGUGAAGAACUAAUACAGAAAGUAUGGGAAAGCGUUAGGUCAAACAAUGGAAUAAUGGUAUUAUUGCAAUUAAUGAUGGUGAAAACGCCUAUCACCGAUGCCGACAGCAUAAGAGCGUUAGCGUGUCGUGCGUUAGCUGGAUUAGCACGUAGUGAAAAAGUUAGGCAGAUUAUUAGCAAGCUACCAAUGUUCACAAAUGGCCAAAUUCAGUCACUUAUGAAAGAUCCUAUUUUACAAGAGAAACGACAGGAACAUGUCACCUUUCAAAAAUAUGCUCUCGAAUUAAUGGAAAGAGUUUCUGGUAAAGCAAAACCAACAGGUGCAGAAUAUGAAAUUUCCUUAGUUAGUUUACACAGGUACAAACGGAUCAAACGUUCGGAAAUGCGAAGCGAGCCACAUAAGUGCCCAGAUCCAUGUACAAAAAAUUCUUCACCUACAAAUGUAACAGUGAGAUUAGCAAGACGAGCAUUAGGAAUGGAUAGUAGAACAUUAGAUAGAAAAUACAUUUACAGCCGUUUCUGUCCUGUAAAAACUUUUCGGCCUACUGACGUAGGAGGAAUAUUCACUUGUUGUACUUUCUCGCCUUGUACACAAUAAAUCAUUUUGGGCACCCAUGCUGGAGACAUCAAAAUGUUCAAUAUUCAUACAGGCAUGGAGGAGGCAACUUAUCAAUGUCAUGAAUCAUAUGUAUAUCAUAUGGAAUGUAAUCAACGUGGUAAUCUUUUAUUGACAUCAACUGCUUGGAGAAGUCCUAUGUCAGCACUCUGGGACAUAGGAGCGUUUUUCGAAAUGAAAUUAGCUUUAGAGAAUGAAGAUUAUGUUGAGUUCGGAAAAUUGCAAGAUAGAAUAAUUGGCACGCAAGGAGAAAGCGCGACGAUAUAUGAUAUAGGAACUGGAAAAUUAUUAACAACUUUGACGCCAUCAAUUUCAAAUCAAUAUACUAAGAAUCGUGCAACUUUUAGUAUGAAUGAUGAAUUGGUUCUUAGUGAUGGCAUAUUGUGGGACGUUAAUUCAGGCAAGGAAAUCCAUAAAUUCGAUAAAUUGAAUCAAACGUUAAACGGAGUUUUUCAUCCAAAUGGAACCGAAGUUGUGUCUAAUACUGAAGUAUGGGAUUUGAGAACGUUUCACUUACUUAAGACAAUUUCUACUCUUGACGAAAUGGAAGUGAUUUUUUCGCCGGUCAACAAUAUUAUAUAUGCAGUUGCGUUAGAUGCACAAGAGGCUGAAAACGAUUCUCAUUAUGUGACUUCUUUUAAGACUCUAGAUGCUUUAGAUUAUAGCAAUAUUGCAACUUGCGAUGUAAAAAGAGGAAUUUAUGGCCUUGCGUGUAACAAAUUUGACACUCAGAUUGCCAUAGUGGAAAAUAUAGGAGACUUCUCAAGCAUACAGGAAUCAUGUGUUAGAUUAUAUGAUGUUGGAAGACGAAGAGAUGAUGAAGAUGAAGCUGAUGAGGAUGAUGAAGAGGAAGAUCUUGAUGCUAGUGAUGAUGAUGGUUCCAAUUCUGCAUCUGAUGAUAAUAAUCCAGAUGAUGGUGAUAAUGCAGAUGCUGGUGCAGAAGACAAUGGCGAUGAUAACGAUCAGAAUGACAGGGAAAAUAAUGACGAUGACGGCGAUGAUGAAGAUGGCGGAGAUGGCGAUGAUUCUGGCGACGAUAGUUACGAUCCUAACGGCAUUCACGAUCUCUCCGAUGAUUUUUCUUUAUCUGAUGAUGGACUAAUGGACGGUUUCGAGAUAUUUUUUCGUGAAUAUCAUUGAUAACCCCUUGUGUAUACACACACAUACGCGCGCACACAAUACAUACACAAAAUAAGUAUUAUAAACAAAAUUUCAUUACAAUGUAUCUCUCCCUCACACACAACACACACACACACACACACACACACACACAUAACACACACCACAUAUACAUUAUUUGCACUCCUUAAAUGUAUAAAUAUUUUCAAUUGAUUUAAUACUGUAAUUUGAAUACUUCUGUUCGUUUUACACGAGAAUAUAAAUAUGUGUCUGUACUUUUAAAAUUACAGAUGUGAUUGAUUGUAAAUGAUUAUUGCCAGCUUUUUCUUUGAUUAUUGAAUAAAAACCUGUUAUAUAUUCUUUUCAAU